GGCCAGCUGGAGGGCUGGGUGCUGGAGGGGUAGAAAAGGCCAAGGGCUGGGACUCCGGGGUCUGAAAGCGGAGGGGGGUGGGGGCCCAGGCUCCAGGGUCUGUGAGAGAAGGGGGCUGCAGGCCGGACUCCUGCGUCUGAGGGAAGAGGGGACUGGAGGCUGGAAUCUGGAGUCCUGAAGAGGUAAGGCCAGAAGAUUGGACUCAAUAGCUCAAGAAAAAAUAUAGGGUCAUCAGGAGCUAAGAUAUUAGAUGUUUUUUUGAGGAGACUUGAAGUGAAGUCAUAAUCCUUUGGAUUCUUAGGGAGGAGACUUGGGGCCUGGAUUCCUGGACCCUUGAGAAGUUAAAGGAUGAGAGGCCAGAUCCCUAGGUUGUUGUGUUGGGUGCCGAGUCAAUUUCAAUUUAUAGUGAUCCCAAAGUGACAGAGUAGAACUUCCCCAUAGGGUUUUCUAGGCUGUAAAUCUUUAAGGAAGCAGAUUACCACAUUUUUCUCCCACAGAGUGGCUGGUGGGUUUAAACCACCAAACCCAGACUCCUAGGUCUGAGGGAGCCAAGUGUUUAUUUAAACUGUUGUGCCACUGGGGUUCCUUGAUCCUCUUUAAAAAAAAAAAAAGAAAAAAAAAUUUUUUUUUUUGUGAUCCUCUUUAGAAGGAGAAAAAUGGGAUACAUAAAGAUUAAAAAAAAAAAUUGCUGUUGAGUCAAUUUCACUCAUAGUGACCCUAUAGACCAGAGUAGAACUGCCCCACAGGGUUUUUAAGGCUGUAAUCUUUACAGGAGGAGACUGCCACAUCUUUCUGCAUCAGAGCAUUUGGGCACCUCCAGGUGGGCAGGAGCUCUUCAUUCUCAGCACCAUGAGCACCACCACCAGCCCAGAACCUCCCCCAAAACCAAGUGCCAAGUCUAUCUAUGAACAGAGGAAGCAUUACUCCACUGUGGUUAUGGCCGACGUAUCCCAGUAUCCAGUCAAUCACCUGGUGACGUUCUGCUUGGGUGAGGAGGAUGGUGUACACACCGUGGAGGACGCCUCGAGGAAGCUGGCCGUCAUGGACAGCCAGGGUCGCGUCUGGGCACAGGAGAUGCUGCUACGAGUGUCCCCUGACCAUGUGAUGCUGCUCGACCCCAUCUCCAAGGAGGAGCUGGAGUCAUACCCACUGGGUGCCAUAGUGCGCUGCGACGCGGUGGUGCCGCCUGGCCGGAGCCGCUCGCUGCUGCUGCUCGUGUGCCAAGAGCCCGAGCGCUCGCAGCCCGACGUGCACUUCUUCCAGGGCCUGCGCCUCGGGGCGGAGCUGAUCCGAGAGGACAUCCAGGGGGCGAUGCACAACUACCGCUCCGGCCACGGGGAGCGCAGGGCUGCGGCGCUCAGGGCCACGCAGGAGGAGCUGCAGCGCCGCCCCUCGCCCGCCACUGAAACUCCGCCCCUGCAGCGCCACCCGUCCGUCCGCGCAGUGAUCAGCACAGCGGGGCCGGGCACAGGGCGCGGACGACCCCAGGCAGAGACCAUUCCUGAGGCGGAAGAGGUGCGGGCGCCCGGCCUGAUGGCAAUCUCCAGCAAGGCGACCCCAAGCAGCACUGACCCCGAAUCCCCGGACUUGGGCCCCCGGGGACCUGACAUGGCCAGCCUGCAGGCAGAGCGGGAAGUGGAUAUCCUGAACCAUGUGUUCGAUGAUGUAGAGAGCUUCGUAUCACGGCUGCAGAAGUCGGCAGAGGCGACCCGCGUCCUGGAGCACCGAGAACGUGGCCGCAGGACCCGGCGCCGGGAGGCUGGGGAAGGCCUGCUGACGCUUCGGGCCAAGCCGCCCUCGGAGGCUGAGUACACGGACGUGCUUCAGAAAAUCAAGUACGCCUUCAGUCUGCUGGCCCGGCUGCGUGGCAAUAUCGCCAACCCCUCCUCCCAAGAGCUACUGCACUUCCUGUUCGGACCCCUGCAGAUGAUCGUGGACACGUCAGGUGGCCCUGAGUUUGCAAGCGGCGUGCGACGGCCGCACCUGACAUCCGAGGCCGUGGCGCUGCUGUGGGACACGGUCACCCCACGUGAAAGCGCACUCUGGACCUCGCUAGGAGACUCAUGGAACCGGCCGGGGGCGGAGCUACCCCUGGAGGAGGGACCCUCAUACAUCCCCGAGUUCUGCAGCGGCUGGGAGCCCCCGGCGACCGACCCGCAGGGCCGUGCCUGGGAGGACCCGGUGGAGAAACAGCUACAGCACGAGCGGAGGCGCCGGCAGCAAAGCGCCCCUCAGGUCGCUGUCAAUGGUUACCAGGACCCGGAGUUGGAAGCUGAGCCCCAGCCGGAGCUGACACCGGCGGGGAAGUGGGUCCUGUGUAACUACGACUUCCAGGCCCGUAACAGCAGCGAGCUCUCGGUCAAGCAGAAGGAUGUCCUGGAGGUCUUGGAUAACAGCCGCAAGUGGUGGAAGGUUCGGGACCAGCAGGGGCAGGAGGGAUACGUGCCAUAUAAUAUCCUGACACCCCAUCCAGGACCUCAGGGGGGCCGAAGCCCUGCACGCAGCCUGAGUAGCACGACCCCCGCCCCCCCAGCCCCAGCCCCGGCUCUGGCUCCAGCACCGGCACCGGUGCGACCCCACUGGGACAGCUGUGAUAGCCUCAACAACUUGGAUCCCAGCGAGAAGGAGAAAUUCUCCCAGAUGCUCAGUGUCAACGAGGAGCUGCAGGUGCGCCUGGCUCAGGGCCGCUCGAGCCCCAGCCGCGCCGCUCCGGGGCCCCGCGUGCCGGAGCCGCAGCUCAGUCCGCGCUCGGAGGCCUCGGAUGUUCGCGCCUGGCUGCAGGCCAAAGGCUUUAGUUUCGGCACGGUGAACGCGCUGGGCGUGCUGAACGGCGCGCAGCUUUUCUCGCUGCAGAAGGAGGAGUUCCGGGCUGUGAGCCCCGAGGAAGGGACACGUGUGUACAGUCAGGUCACGGUGCAGCGCGCGCUGCUGGAGGAUUCGGAAAAAGUGUCAGAGCUGGAGGCGGUGAUGGAGAAACAAAAGAAGAAGGUGGAAGGCGAGACGGAAACAGAGGUCAUCUGACCCUACCCGGCCCCUCUGCAAAAAGUUUCGGGGCAGCGGAUUUCCCUGUCACCUGUGGGAGGAUGGACUCUUCCGACUACCCACCAAUGGAAAUUGCCUCCCUCCAUCCCAGUAGACAAACGGACCAGUCCUUGCCGAAGUCCCGCCUGACCUCUCGCAGAGCAUGGGGCAUGGGGACAAUUUACGGAGAGCGCUUACGACGCAUGCCCGGUAGAGGGCGCACUCGGGAACCCUGUAUGAUGGAAUAUGGGUCCAGUCCAUAAACAGCCUCCUCUUA